CAAAUCCAAUAUUUCCCUAAUUUCUUUGCGAUUUUACGCCAUAAAAGGCUGAAAACACAAAUAGAUUAAGAUGGUCAUUGUGUAGUUUAAGUGUCCAAAAACAUGCAGUACCAAAAAGAUUCGCAAUCGAGACGAAACUUGUCUCUCGCCAAGGCUGACAAGUUUGCUGCUGGAAAUGAAAAUAGUGAGACGAGAACCAAAGCAAAACAAGCUAUUUUACAGGAACUUAACUCCCACCUGAAAAUAAAGGCUGAGAAACUCCACCUGAAGGCACGUGACCAGAGAGAACCCAUCGGAGAUGAUGGAGAAAAUAUUCCCACGCCAUCUGAUGAGAAAUCUGUCGCAGUUGCAUCACUACCUGCCCCUGAAAUCAAAGUGAGACCUUCCAAUAUGUCCAGAACUGUCACUAUUAAGAAUCCGUCCCCUGGAUCCCGUAUCCCGAUGUCGGUUUCCCGGCAAAGAAGACGAGAUGCCACUGCUAAAGCUCAUGCGUAUGACCCGACAUAUACAUGGAAUAGAGGCGGGCGGGUCAAGGAGCUCAGAAUCAGGUGCAUUGCACGGAAGUACCUCCAUAUUUGGACGAGGAAUGCUUUCGGUCGUGUGCUGCCCUCUGUUGCCAAGGUGCAUCAUGAGAAAGCGAUCGUCCGAGAAGCGUUUGCUGAAUGGUACGACUUGUGGUGGACUAUAAGAAAGGAGUGGAGGUUGUUGAUACGAGCACAGUGUCAUGACAGGUACCGUGUUUGGACGACUGUUUGGAGAGCUUGGAAGCAGUUUGUUAUCAUUCAGAAGGUGAAGAAAGCCAAACUGGCUUUGGCUGACAACCACUUCAAUGGUAAAUUGAUGCAGCAAGUUAUGGCCGGAUGGAAGGAGUACACAGAAGUCAGACGGAUGAAACAAGCUCUGAAGCAGAAGGCAGAAGAAGUGGCGGACAGAAAUCUACUGAGGCAGUAUUGGGAGAACUGGAAACAGUCGAGUGCUUUUGUGCAGCAAGUGCAGGACUCUGAGCUGAACGCCCUCCAAAUAUGGGCAAACACAUUAAAAGCAAAGGCCUGGCUUCGAUGGAAGAAUCGCUACCAGACGAGACAGUUAGAAAAAAUGAAGGCAGAGGUCGCUACGGAGCAUUAUCACACUCAUCUUGAGGUGCGAUGCAUGAACGGUUGGAUCGAAUAUCUCCGGAUGCGUCGGUGGAAAAAGAAACAAACCGUAACUGCUCAUCAGUUCCACGCGACGAAUGUCACCCACAACUUCUUCAAAAUCUGGAAGCAGCGAUUUCUGAUGAAGUUAGCCAUCAAGGACCAUGAGUCGAAAAUAGAGGAGUUGGCAGCGCGAUUCACAGCUAGAAGGAUGCUGGAACACUGGAAACACUACAUCAAGUUGAGGGAGGACAAGCGACAAGCUGAAGAAAUGGCUGAGCUGCAUUAUCGCGGACAUAUCUUGACGGCUUGUUUUUCCGGCCUCCGUCUGGCUGUCGUCCAAGGCAAACUGAAAAUCAUGCGAAACAAAAUGGCGGAAGAUCAUUACACGCAGAAAACCCUCCGUCAGACGUGGGACCAUUGGAUGCUGAGAUGCGAGGAUAACGAAGAGUUAAAGAUGUUGUCGGAAACGAGGGUUGCUAGGUGUCACCAUGGCAACCAGCUUCAGAAGAAGAUGCUGCGACGAUGGAUUGAUUACAUGUAUUGGAGGAGGGAGAGAAAUGCGCAGUAUGCAAAGGCAGACGGCUUCUUCAUGUACAAGACGCUACCAAAAUACCUGGACAGGAUUCGUCUGUUCGUGGACAUCGAGAAAAACAAACGAGAAAUGGCAGCUGAAGCCAAGGAAUUCCGGAAACAAAACGCCCUCUCGCGAUUUUUCUACUCCUGGCAUACGGCACUGGAAGAGAGUCAGGAAAACAGAAUGGCUGAAAGAAUGGCCAUCAUUCACUAUGACGACAAUGUAGCCAAACGGUUCUUUAAAUUCUGGAAGAAGCGAACAAGAGAAGCAUUACUUGACCAUGAGAAAGAUGACACUGCUCUGGACCACUUCAGUACACAAAUCUGCGUAAAGGUUUUCAAUGCGUGGAAGCAGUAUGUUAAGGAUAAAAAAGAUAGCCGGGUCCACGAACGCGUUGCACUGUGCCACAACUACAAAACCGGCCUCCGAAAACACUGGAACUCGUGGCGGGGAUACACACUCCGUCGAAGAGAAAAACGGUUGAAAUUGGAGCUCGCCCGGUGCCAUCACAAGAGGAAAGUCCUUCAAUUGUGUCUUGGCGGCUGGUUGCAGUAUCAUCGUCUUUGGACGGAGGUGACCUACAUUGUGGAGGACAAGGAACAGCAACACAAUAAUGAAUUAUUGCGGUGGGCUUUCCAUGAAUGGGCUGAUAAUGUUACUGAACAAAAAGAGGAGCAGAAAAAUAACCAGCUAGCUGAUCAUCAUUAUAGCAAAAAAAUGGCAGGAAAGGUAUUCAAGUCUUGGCAAGAAUACGCUGGCAUGCACGCGUACAAGAAAUACCAAAAGAUUGGCGAAGUCGAGAACGCACGAGAAGUCUUGGAUGAGAAAAAACGGCAGCUGUUUUUUUCAAAAUGGAAGAUGGCCAAGGAUGAGGCGGUGUUACAGAGGUUAAAGUACGAGCAGGCGAUAUGUCAUCAUGAGAGAUUGAUUACGAGGAAGAUGAUGAUGGGAUGGAAGGGAUACACGAAUCUGUGCUUGAGGAAACAGCUGAUGCAACGACAGUGUCAGUGGUUCCACAACACCACUCUCACAGCACGUGUUUUCCUCCGAUGGAGGUCUGCUCACCAACAGAGGCUGAUGGAGAAUGAUAAGACCUUCUUGGCGCUGUACCAGUGGAGUCUCAACUUGCAAAGGAAGGUCAUCGUCAACUGGUACAACUACACUGUCGAUAAAAAGAGGAAGAAGGAGCGCGUUGCCAUGGCGAUGGAGCGAAGGCGGCGCCGUCUGCUGACGGAUGGGUUACGCCAAUGGCUGACGGUGUCGGCGGACAUGCAGGAGAUGAGGCUCAAGUGGGCAGCAGAUAGACAUGCAAAGAGUGCGUAUGACAUCCUCCACGUUGUCAAGAACUGUGCCCUUCAUUGGCGAGCUGUGACCUUGAAGCGUAAGGAAGGUCGCGGCGGUGCACCGCUUGUCAGAAAACCGACCGUCGUCAAGCCAGCAUUGUCUCGACAGUCGCCAGAGCAGAGGGAAGAGUGGAAAAAUCACCCGCAGAGGGUAGCUUUGGAGCCCAGCUUCCACCAAGCAAUGCGGGCUAGACCUCGUAGGCCAGACUUCUUGAUGGAGUCUCUCAAGAGGGAAGGUCUCUAUAGUCCUACUAGAGAUGGUGACAAAACUGGCCCAUCACAAGUUCCUGUUCCCAGGAUGGACCCUGCCGACUUGGAACAAAUGGUUGCCAAGGAGAUGGUUGCUAAGGAGAAGCUGGUCGCUAAGGAGAAUCAACCACCUCAGCCAAGGACCCCUUUAAAACAACACGUACCUGGAGCGAAAUAUGGAUCCCCUGGCUCGAAAUAUGCGUCUCCAAUCCGACAGGAAAAAGUCAAAAUCACGAUACCGUCAUUGCCAAUUAUAAGUCGGGAAGAACAGAGGUCAAGGUCAUUGCCAAACACACCAAUCAAAACUCAAGGUGAUCAGAUCUCGCAGAAAAAAGUUUUGAUGACACCUGAGGAUUUUUCACCGAAGAAGGGUCGAAUUUCCUUCAAGGAUGUUUGCGUGGCAUCCCCUGUCAAUCUAGGUGGAGAAAAUGGCGGGACAAGUAGUCCGGCAAAACAGAUGAGGGUUAAUCCAUCGCCUUUGACUAUACGAGAUGACGACGUCUCGAAUUGUGAAAAAGUUGAACUGAUGCCGCCGUCUGCUUUUAUGGUCAGUCGAGAUGAUUCUAAGACGGCGUCUUCCAAAGUUGGAUCUCCGAGGUUUAAGGCUGCACCAGGGUUGCCGCGGGAUGCUGAUGAUGGCGAUGGUGAUGGUUCGUCUGGCGACAAGGAGGAGGAGCUGAUUGAAAUCAGGAAUACGUUGCAGGAGUUUGGGAAUUAUAAACAGCGACUUGGUCUUCUGAAGACGCAAUAUGCGCAGCUUUCCGAUUGGUUGCAGUCUCAAAGCCUCGAUGAGGUUAACGACGAUGACAGCCAGCACGUUGUCGAAGAACUGGAGCAGAUGACGAUCGAGAUUCGGCACCUGACGACCACCAUUGAUGAGGGACGCCCUCUAUGCCAGCGUUUGGUUAGGAGGGCCAAUGCCCUGAUCUCUUGCUUGGAUGGAUAAACUAAGAGACAAUUAUUUGGACUUAUUUGCUAACUGCACUGUGUUGCGAUUAUUGCGAGCUGGGAUCACAAGCUGUUAGCCUUUUCACCCCAUUUCCCAGUAUAGACUCUUCCAGUUGAAGAAUCAGAAGAGUCUAUUCCUGAAACUGGGGUGUAGAGGUUAAUUUGAUAUCUCAAUCUUAUGAAGGACAGGUUUUCCUUUGAUUAUUGUCAAACUUUUAGAGAUUUUUUUGUAUAUAAUGAUUGUAUCAUGUAUUUCUAUAUGCAUUCCGACUGGUGUUAAAAGUCAAAGGGACCAUGACUUGCAGAUUUGCAGAGCAAGAGUAUGACCUCUGUUGACAGGUUUAGCAUGAGGAGUAAUGAGGUACCAUCACAUGAGUUGACUUUGAACUGUGGGGUAACUUUGAACACACCCAAGAAAGAAUUGUUGUCGCUGGGUGUUCAAAGUUACCCCACUGUUCAAAGUUGCCCAAUGUGAUGAUACAGAAGUCUGGCAUCAAAUGAUUGCAUUUUUCGAGAACCGUUUGCAUUUGUAAGACUUGUAAUAGAGGAUAAC